CAAAAAUUUGCAAUCUUCCUGCAGUAGAGUCCCUCAGCUACACCUGAUUAAUUAAGAAUGAGUGAGAUGUCUGCUCAUCAACAACUUCCAUCCUUAGCUGCUGAACGUCGUCGUGCAGACUAUCAUCCUAGUGUGUGGGGAGACUUUUUCCUCUCAGACGAUGCUUCUCAAGAAAGGAUGGACUUUGAUGACACGUCAAAGCAACAAAUUGAAGACUUGAAGAACGAGGUGAAGAGGAUAUUUGAAGUUGCUGCUUCCGAUGAUAACCGGAGAGAGCUAUUAAACUUGGUCAAUCAUACUCAACGUCUAGGCAUCGGUUAUCACUUUGAGAAAGAGAUUGAUGAAGCUCUGAAGCAAGUUCACGAGAGAAGCAUCGAGUCUGUGGAUGGUCCAAGCUUUGCCAGUGAUCUUUACACCACUGCCCUCAUGUUCAGGUUGCUAAGGCAGCAGGGUUACAAGAUAAAUAGCAGUGCGUUUAGCAAGUUCAAGGGUCCGGACGGAAACUUUGAUGAGUCACUUGAAACCGACGUGAGAGGUUUGCUGAGCUUAUAUGAAGCUAGCCAUCUCCGGACUCACGGAGAGGAUGUUCUUGAGGAAGCCCUAGCUUUCACUCUCACCCACCUUGCCUCCACGAAUGAGAAGCUCGGCCCUGCCCUCAUUAGAGAUGAGAUAAGCCGCUCCCAAAGGCAGUUUAACAUUCGUAAGGGGUUAACAAGACUAGAUUCACGAAAAUAUAUUAAAAUAUAUGAAGAAGAAGCUUCACACAAUAAAGUGCUCCUGAAGUUGGCAAAGUUAGAUUUCAACCUGCUACAGACGCUGCACCAAAGGGAAAUAGGCUGCAUCGUGAGGUUAAUGAUAUAUCAUAUAUAUUACAAUUUACUCAUAGACGUCGAGAGGAACUUCCCGUACAUAAGAGAUAGAGUUACCGAGAACUAUUUCUGGAUCCUGGGAGUAUAUUUUGAGCCGGAGUUUUCACUACCAAGGAUGAUGCUCGCCAAAGUCAUUUCCCUGCUUUCGAUAAUGGAUGAUACUUAUGAUGUUUUUGGGACACCCAAAGAGCUGCAACUCUUCACUGAUGCAAUUGACAGGUGGGACAUUGGAGCCAUCGACGAACUCCCGCAGUACAUGCAGAUAUUCUACAAGGCACUACUAGACACUUAUGAAGAAUUCGAGAAAACAUUAGCUAAGCAAGGAAGGACGUACCGCCUCUUUUAUGCAAAAGAAGCUAUGAAAAAUCAAGCAAAGGUCUACUUCAAAGAGGCAACCUGGUUCCAUCAAAACUACACCCCCACACUGGAAGAGUACAUGCCCCUUGCGAUGGAAACAACAGCCUACGGGAUGCUAGCGACCGCAUCUUUCCUAGGAAUGGGAGAUGUUGCCUCCAAGGAUGCCUUUGAAUGGCUGUUAAGCGACCCCAAGAUCCUUCGUGGGUCGAUGAUCGUGUGCCGACUCAUGGACGACAUCGUCUCUCACAAGUUUGAGCAGAAGAGAGGACAUGUAGCUUCGGCAAUAGAAUGCUACAUGAAUUUUUGA